GUUAAAUCUGGGUGCCCAAAUCUAGCCUCUCACUUUUGCCCCACCCACACAGCUCACAGCUGGAAAUGGUCAGUUCUGAGCAUUUACAUUUUGGAAGAAAUGAAACCCAGCUUAUUGAUGGGCGAUGGGUCCUGCUUUGAAUGCUUGCUUUUCCAAAUUUUAUGAUUUAAGCAAGCAGUACAAUCUCAUUAAAUCUGCUCAAUGCGAUUCAAGUGGCGCCAGUUGCUGUCCAGCUGAAGCCAUAAAGUCUACAAUGGAUUACCAAUCUACCACCUUUUACUUCGCACCUCCCCAUUUAUUACGAGCCCUCAUCCAGCUCUCAUGGAUCAAAAACAGAGAUUGAAAUUGAGUGAAGAAGAAAAGCUUGGUGCUUUCUUCACGCCCAAAAACCUCAAGCUCCUCCAUCUGACUUCCUUCACCUGCGCGUGCUGUGGUUGUGUCUUGGUGUCAGCCUUAAGACAACCACGGCUUGAGCUUCCUCGAUCUCGCCAUUCUUUAAAGACGGAGGGAGCCUUUUGGUGCCUAAAGGCUUGCAGCCAUGGUGGACGGGAACGAAGAGAAAGAAAGGAGAUGUAAAAAUCUCAUCUUUGCGUGAAAUCGCCUUGUGUUGCUCCCGCUGCCUAUCCUUGGCUCGGAAUGGCCGCUGGAUUCCUUGCCGUUUACCUUUCCGUUUGUCUUCUGCUGAGGUGCUCGGCCUCGCCGGAGCCGAACACGGAUGCGUUCUUCGUCGCCGAGUUCUUCCGGAGGAUGGGGGCGCCGCCGCUGACCAAGAAUGACAGUUCGUCGGACGUUUGCUCGUGGCCAGGGGUCUCCUGCGAGUGCCAGUGCGGGAAAGUAACCGGCUUAGUGGCUUCCGGCGUCGGUCUCUCCGGCCCAAUCCCCGAGACCACCAUCGCGAAGCUUAGCGUGCUACGUGUUUUGGAUCUCAGCGGCAACAACAUCACCGCCCUUUCAUCGGACUUCAGCGAGCUGUGCGGCUCUCUCGCCAGCCUCGACCUCUCCGCCAACAACAUCGCGGGGUCGCUGCCGGGCAACAUCGGCAACUUCAAGCUGAUGGAGAGCCUCGACUUUUCUCACAACCGCUUCUCCGGCGAGAUCCCCAGGGAGGUGGGCUCACUCACCAACCUAAGGUUUCUUAAUCUCAGCAGCAACUUCUUGGAGAUGAGCAUUCCGGAGACUUUUCUUGGAUGCGUCGCGCUGGUUUCAAUCGAUCUCUCCAAUAACAAAUUGGGGGCAAAUCUUCCAGUUGGAUUCGGUUCUUCCUUCAACAACCUAACCACUAUGGAUCUCUCUGGGAACCGGUUUGCUGGAAAGAUGCCGGAUUUAUCCAAUCUACCUUCGCUCGCCUUUCUCAAUCUCUCCGGAAAUCUCUUCCGGGACUUGUCUCUCGAGGGGCUCCGAGAGGCCUUGCAGGUUGUGGACCUGAGCAAGAACCAGUUCCGCAGGCUCAUUUCUCAGGUAAACCGAAGCUUCACCUCCAAUUCGUCGUCGCUGAUCUAUCUUGAUAUGUCAAUGAACGAACUCACCGGAGAGUUCUUCCUCGGUUUGGGAGACUUGAGAUCAUUGAAUCAUCUCAAUCUUGCAUUUAACAAGUUUUCUAGCCAAGAAUUUGUUCACAUAGAACUGCCUUCUGCACUGCAGUAUCUGAAUCUCUCCAGAACCAAUCUCACUGGCCGUAUUCCAUCUGGUAUCUCUCAAAUGCUCAACUUGAAGGUAUUAGACCUUUCACAGAAUCAUAUCACUGGAAGCAUUCCUGAGCUUGGCUCCAGAAGCUUGCGAGUGAUCGACUUUUCGCAGAACAAUCUCACGGGUGAAAUCCCAGAGUCCUUGCAAGAGACUCUACCCAGGAUUGAAAAGUUCAAUUUUUCCUUCAACAAUCUUACUUACUGUGCUGAGAAACUUCCAUCAGCAAUGCUGAAUUCAUCAUUUAUAGGAUCACAAAGUGACUGCCCCAUUGCAGUAUAUCCAGAUAAUGUUGUGUCCAAGGGAAGGAAACGUCUUGAUCUCAAGUUAGGAUUUGCCAUUGCUUUAUCGGUGUUCUUUUCGUCAGCGGUGCUGAUCUUCCUUGCGCUUGUAUGCCGAAGGAGGACAGGGCCAUGGACAAUCAAGCAACUGUCAUACAACGAGGAGCAGAACGUUUCUGGUCCCUUCUACUUUCAGACUGAUUCAACAACUUGGGUUGCAGAUGUCAAGAUUGCAAGCUCAGUCCCCGUCGUCGUCUUUGAAAAGCCACUGUUGAACUUGACCUUUACCGAUCUCUUGAAUGCAACUUCCAAUUUUGAUAGAGGAACCUUACUGGCAGAGGGAAAGUUUGGGCCAGUCUACCGAGGAUUUCUUCCCGGAGGCAUUCAUGUUGCCAUGAAGGUUCUGGUUCAUGUAGCAUCUGUGACAGAUGAGGAAGCUGCACAAGAACUCGAGAGGCUCGGGCAGAUCAAGCACCCAAAUCUAGUGCCCUUGACUGGUUAUUGUUUAGCCGGAGAACAAAGAAUUUUGAUAUAUGAUUAUAUGGAGAAUGGGAACCUACAGAAUCUACUUCAUGAUUUACCACUAGGUGUACAAUCAACUGAAGAUUGGACUAGUGAUACGUGGGAUCAAGAUAAUACUUGUGCACAGAGCAUCACGACCGAUGGACUGACAACUUGGAGAUUCCGACACAAAAUUGCUCUGGGCGCAGCGAGGGCAUUGGCUUUUCUUCAUCAUGGAUGCUUCCCCAUGAUUGUUCACCGAGAUGUGAAGGCCAGUAGCAUUUACCUUGAUUCGUCUAUGGAACCAAGGCUAGCUGAUUUUGGCUUGUCAAGUUUGGUCGGGUUUAGCACCGACGGUGGGAAUGCGACAUUUCAUGGAUCUGCAGGUUAUGCUCCUCCAGAGUUUUCAGAUCCAGAAAAUGCAUCAGCAACCAUGAAAUCUGACGUUUAUGCAUUUGGGGUGGUGCUUUUUGAGCUUCUUACAAGGAAAAAACCUACUGGAGACGAUGAGUAUUCCGAAGACAAGGUGACUAAUCUUGUUGGCUGGGCACGGGCAUUGGUGCGGAGAAAUGAGCUAGCAAGAUUGAUCGAUCCGAAAAUAAGGGAAACAGGAGCUUCUGAAAAACAAAUGGAGGAAGCACUAAGAAUUGCUUAUCUAUGUACAGCCGACUUGCCAUCCAAGAGGCCAUCCAUGCAGCAAAUUGUUGGUCUUCUUAAGGACAUUGAGCCUGUCAUUGGUGAACAAUGAACUGCAAAUUUCAAUUCAGCUAUGCAAUUAUAUAGCAGGCAUGAGCUUCUCUGAA